UUGCCCAAAAUUGACAAGGUUUUUAAUCAGCCUUCUGCAAUUACUUCUGGACAAAAUAUUACUAUUGACAAUGACUUAAAUAAUGUGAUAACUGCAGUGUUGGUUGAGAAGCCUACUGAAGAAGAUUCGAUAAUUAUUGCAGUUGGAGAUACCUCCGCCGCCGAUCAUGUGAACGUGUAUGAUGUUUGCAUGGCACACAUAAGAGCGGAGGAUUUGGAGAAACUACAGACUUCUACAUUUUUCGAAUAUGUGUACGAUAAAUCUUUUUAUGACUUAGGAAACUUCACGCACAAAAUAUUAAGUGAUAACGAAAAACGUCAAAUUCUUGUUAUGCGGCCUUUACAGCCUUCAGGACUGUUUCCAACAGACACAGAACAAUAG